UUUUCCAACAGCAGUGCAUUAGUUUGUAAUGAUUGUCGUCUCCUUUGGCUUCUCAUGUCAAUUCAAACCCAGCCCCCCAUAUCUCUUUCUUGUCAGUCCAAAACUGGAAAACACUUCUCCUUCUUCCUUCCCCUUUCUCUCUCCCUCUUGUUUCUCUCUCUAAAACCUCUUCCCAUUUCUUUCAUUGUUCCUGGCACUCUCACCACCGCCCCCUUGCUACUGUAUAUAUUAUCAAGAAACAGAGCAUCAACAAUGGCGGCCAACAAGUUUGCAACCAUGUUACAGAAGAAUACGAACAAGAUCACAGUGGUUCUGACCUAUGCAGUCCUGGAAUGGACUCUUAUAUUCCUUCUCCUCCUCAAUUCCAUGCUGUCGUACAUGAUCACCAAGUUUGCAGACUACUUUGGCCUCAAACCGCCGUGUUUCUGGUGCUCUAACCUCGAUCCUCUGUUUAAAGCAGGGGAUAAUAGAAAACACAUAGAUCUUAUGUGCAAAUCCCAUUCCAGAGAGGUUUCCGAGCUGGGAUUUUGUGAGACCCAUCACAGACUGGCUGAAUCGAAGGGCAUGUGUGGGAAAUGCUUAGGUUUCGGGAUAUUUCCUUUGGUGAAUGAACUGAAGAUGAUCCAUGGUGGGGAUGAGAUGUGUUCUUGUUGUGGUGUGAGCUUGGUGAAGGAGGGUUCCAAUUAUAUUGUGAUCAAAUCUUCCUGUAAUCCGUUGAUCAAGGAGGAAAGUAGAGAAAUCGAAGAAAAAUCAGGGUUUGAAGCUAUUAGGGUUGAGACUGAAGUGAUUUUUGAUGAAAAAGAGGGUUUGGUUCUUGAAAAUGGGAUUGUAGAGGUGAAUCCGGAAAGGGAAAUGGAAAACACUCCCAAACAUCUCGAGUUCUUCAUAGAUUCAAGUGGGCACGAUUUAGUUCCCGUUGACUUUACUGCAGAGGAAGAGGAAGAUGGACGGGAAGUCAAAAAUGGAACUGAAACUGAUGAUCUCAAAGAACGUAAAUUUGCAGUGUUCAAGUCUAUGGAGAUUGAAGAAGAUGAGAAUUCUUUGGUUUUUCAUGCUAAGAACUGUUUCUCCGAAAGAGAAGGCCAUGAAUCCACCCAAAACAAUAAAGUUCAAAUCUUGGACUCUCAAGAACCCCAAGAGAAACAAGUUGCCUAUGCCUCUUCAGUUUCUGAAGAAAGCUCACGAAUGCAAUUGAACGAAACAGAAGUUGAAGUCUCAAUCGGCACUGAAAUUCCCGAUUUGGACAUUGCAGAUGACCUCAAUUCCAACAAAGAAGGUCCUUCCACUAGCUGUGCAAAUGCUCCACACUUUCAUCACGAUCACGGCUGUAAACAAGAUCAAGAAAAAGCAACAGAAUUUGCGAACGAAGGGUCACUAGAUGGGAGUGUGAUGAGUGAAAUGGACCUUUCUGAUCCAAUCUCAACAAUCGAGUGGUUAAGAUCAGCUUUGAAAUCUGGACAGAAGGCUCUCCAAGCUUUAUACACAGAGCUGGAAGAAGAGAGGAGUGCUUCUGCCAUAGCAGCUAGCCAAACAAUGGCUAUGAUCAACCGGCUUCAAGAAGAGAAGGCAACUGUCCAGAUGGAGGCUCUUCAGUAUCAAAGAAUGAUGGACGAGCAAGCGGAGUAUGACCAAGAGGCUUUACAGCUCUUAAAUGAGCUUAUGGUUAAGCGUGAUAAAGAAAGACAGGAGGUGGAGAAAGAAUUGGAGAUUUAUAAGAAAAGGGUGUUUGAAUAUGAGUCUAAAGAGAAGAUGGCAGCCAUUUUGAGGAGAAGCAAAGACUGUGGAAGUAGUGCUAGAAGCGCAUUUUCAUCCGUUUCAUGUAGUAAUAGUGAGGAAGGUGAUGGAUUAUCACUUGAUCUUAAUAAUAAUAAUAAUAAUCAAGAAGUCAAAGAGGAAGUCAAAGAGCAAGAGGGGUUUUACAACACACCUGUCGACGGAGUUCUAGAUUUGGACUUUGAGGAUGAGCGAGUGGCUAUUCUCGAACAACUAAAAGCACUAGAGGUAAAGAUGAUCAACAUGGACUAUGAAGCAGAAAGGGAAAUAGAAGGUUUGAAAGGAGAGGCCAAUGGGGAUUAUUAUGCUAAAGAAGAAAUGGACGAAUCGAAAAUCUUGAGCUCAAUGGGGAAGAGUCUACUCCCACACUUUGAUGCCGUUAGUGAUGACAAUGGAGAUUAUGAUCCAAAUGUAGCGGAUAAUUAUGAUUUAAGCAACAAAAGGGCCGCCGUUGAAGAGGAAUUAGAUUGUUUGCAUGAGAGGCUACAAGCAUUAGAGGCUGAUAGAGAAUUUUUAAAGAAUUGCUUAAACUCAUUGAAGAAAGGGGAUAAGGGGAUGGAUCUUCUUCAAGAAAUCCUUCAACACCUUCGUGAUCUAAGAAACAUUGACCUUCGUCUGAGAAAUGGGUGCCUUGUCUGAAUAUAUAUGCUUCACAUCACCAUCUAUCCAAGAUUACAAUGACUAUAAUAUAUGGGAAGUCCAGUGGCAGUGCCAACAAGAUCAUUUCUUGUAUCACUCUGCAUAGCAAACGACAUGAAGGUAGAAUGGGGGAAUCCUAGAUGUGAAAUGUCCUUUCAGUCCUCUUGGCAGACAGCAAAUUGUGGUCUGCCAAAACUUUUGUUUUCUCAUGCUUUUGUGUCAAAAAGAAAAAGGUUUUAAACCCAAUUAUUAUUUUUAGUUGGGAUUGGGUCCACCACCACACCUCCUUUUUGUGGAUAAAAGGGGAAAGAUGAAUUUUAUGUGUGGUGUAGUGUAGUGGAGUGUGAACCACCCUGUCUCUUUUGUAUUUUGUGAGACUUAAAAGCCCCUUGGGAUUGCUAACCUGGAGUGACCCAAACAUGAUUCCAGCCAGUGCCAGGUGCAUUACAGACAAUUUGUUCAUUGUAGACAAAUUAGGUCAUACUGUCAUAGAAGUAUAGUUCUUUUUAUUUUUAUUUUUUGAAGCACCUCAUAUUUUUCGUUUUAGGGUAUAUGAGGACGAGGAGAAAAUUGGAAACUUCCCCUGCCUAUUAUUAUGUCACAUUGUGCAUCUUAGUUCAAUGCCUAGGAUCCACAAAAAUUGUCCAUAAAAGAGUUAAAUGGUGUGAUUUAAUAGUAUCUUUUAUUAUUAUUUUCACAUUACUCUUGACUUUUUUUGUGGACAUUUUUUGGGUAGAUGUAGUUUGUCUUAUGAUGUACCAUAUUAUUGUGCUUAUUACUUUUUUCGUACACAGCUAAUAUGUUCAAAAGUUGUAUACUCGUAGAGUACUACUUUGUAUCCUAUUGUUGUACAUAUUGAGUGAUUGUUUUGUUUAUAGCACUAGAGUUUGGAGCCAGUCUUAAUUUUGUAGUUUGUUAUUAAUUAUUA